GAACACUAAACCAGCUACAUUACCACUUAAUGUUUCAUUAGUUUGAACAACACGAAUGGCAUCAGUUCUAAGGAAGCUUUUUGAUAAAAUUUCUGCAACUGUAAAUUCAUCAAGAAGAAACCACUCACCUUGCAGAAGAAGUUUGAGUAGAGAUGUCAAUUCAGAAGAAUUCCGAUGCUACAGUGUUUGUGUUGCGCGUCUUGCUAUCAUGGUGAUGCUGGCAAUUCUUAUAGGUCUACUAACACUACUCACCUGGCAUUUCACCAAAGUUUACACGAGAACAUCAUUGAACUCUUUGGCAUAUGGUCUUCGGCACCAACUUUUGCAGCGUCCCAUAUUGCGUAUGUGGAAAAUCUUGAAUUCAACUGUUGAAAUAACGACAUCCCAAGUUAAGCUUUCGGAGUAUGUGAUAAAAAAAUAUAGCAAAGCUGAAAACCAAGCACAGCAAGUAGAGUUGUAUGAAGUUAUGAGGGAUGUCACGUGGGCGCUUUUUGCGAGCCACAAAGCUCUGAAUUCAAUGUCGAUAAAAUACAGAAAUGGGUUUGUUCAGGCCUUCCAUCGAGACCUUAGAGACAAAAGUACAUAUUACAUAUACUCCAAUCUGGUCAAUUACACGAUGGUUGAACCUUAUGAUAUGAACCAGACUUUACCUCAUAAAGGGUGGAAUGAUCAGACAAUACAUGGUAAUGUAUCAGCAAUUUGGUACCGAGAACCACUGGAUCCUGACACUGGCAGAAAGAUGGGGAAACAGAAGGCCAUCCCACCGGACGAAUUGAUGAAUAUUGCAGGGAUUUCCCAGGUACCUGAUGGUGCAGCUUCUUGGCAUGUAGCUGUGAGCAAGUUCACAAACUCACCUUUGCUGUCAGCUGCUUUGCCGGUUUGGGAUCAGGACCGAGGAAGUAUAGUGGCCGUGGUGGGAGUUACUACUGCGCUAUAUAGCGUAGGUCAACUUAUGAAAGAACUAGUUGAGCUCCAUGGUGGACAUAUUUAUUUGACAUCUCAAGAGGGGUGGUUGCUUGCUACUUCCUCCAGUACACCAUUGCUAAGAAAUUCAUCGACUGGGCCUACACUCGUGAUGGCAGUAGAUUCUCAAGAUGAGAUCAUACAAUCCGGAGCUAAGUGGUUGCAUAAAGCCUACGGUGAAAAGCCUCCACUGCACGUCACAGCUACCGCCAGGCUUGGCCACCAGCGUUAUUACGUAGAUUCGUUUUUCUUGAACUUAACAAGACUUCCUAUGGUGGGAGUUCUUUGUAUUCCAAGGAAAUACAUAAUGGGCAAGGUGGAUGAGAGGGCAUUUAAGACAUUGGUGAUAUUGAUAUCUGCAUCUGUAUGUAUACUAGUUGUGGGUUGUAUUUGUAUUUUCAUAUUAACAAAUGGAGUGUCGAAGGAAAUGAAUCUAAGGGCAGAACUAAUUAGCCAUUUAGAUGCCCGAAGGAAGGCAGAGGCAUCAAGCAAUUUCAAAAGCCAAUUUUUAGCCAACAUGAGUCAUGAACUGAGAACGCCAAUGGCUGCCGUCAUAGGAUUGCUGGACAUUCUUCUAUGUGAUGACUGUAUCACCAACGAGCAAUAUGCAACAAUCACUCAAAUUCGUAGAUGCUCAACAGCUCUCCUCAGGCUUCUCAACAAUAUUUUGGAUAUUAGCAAGGUUGAAUCUGGAAAACUGGUGCUGGAAGAAGCUGAGUUCGAUUUGGGGCGAGAACUUGAAGGACUUGUCGAUAUGUUUUCUGUGCAGUGCAAGAACCACAAUGUGGAAACCAUCAUAGACCUCUCUGAUGAUAUGCCGAAAGUAGUUCGAGGAGACUCCGGAAGAGUUGUUCAAAUAUUUGCAAAUCUAAUCAGCAACUCAAUCAAGUUUACUACAUCAGGACACAUUAUCCUACGAGCAUGGUGCGAAAAUCUGAAUUCGUUCAGUAAUAAUGGGAACUUCUUCAUCGAUCAGAAAGCUUUAUGGUCUGCAUACCAGAAAAAGAUAAAGCGACAGAGACUCCACGAGAAAAGAGCCUGCAAAAACGACAACACAAUGAUUCUUUUUUUUGAAGUUGAUGAUACUGGAUGUGGAAUUGAUCCAAGCAAAUGGGAGUCGGUAUUUGAAAGCUUUGAACAAGCAGACCCAUCAACAACUAGACUGCAUGGAGGAACUGGUCUUGGGUUAUGCAUUGUUCGAACCCUGGUUAACAAGAUGGGUGGAGAAAUCAGAGUCGUCAAGAAGAACGGAUCAGGGACUCUAAUGCAACUAUAUCUUUUACUCAGCACACCUGCAGAUCUACCAAGAGAAAGCUGCCAAUCUAAAUUUGCAGAACAUAACUUGAAGGUAGUGCUUGCACUCAAUGGAAGAAUGGGUAGAGCAAUUCUUUCACAGUGGCUACUUAAACUUGGAGUGCCCAUCUGGGAGGCGUACGAGUGGAAUGAACUGACACACAUACUUCAGGAGCUCUUUAAACCCACAAGUUAUGCCCAAAACUUGAUGUGUGAGCAUCCAAAAGUUGAAACAUUAAGCAUGGAAGAGGUAGAGGAGUCGGUGUUCAUCAUAGUCAUUGAUAUCGCACUGCUUAACUUGAGCACAGACAUAUGGAAGGAGCAGCUCAAUUUCCUAGAUACAUUCAAUAGGGGAGCAAAGUUUGCUUGGAUUCUAAACCAUGAUACCUCUAAUAUCAUCAAGAUUGAGCUUCGAAGACGAGGGCAUCUGAUGAUGGUAAAUGGACCAUUAUACAAGGCAAAAAUGAUUCAGUUAAUUGAAGCUGUUAUAAAAGAAAGCAGUCCUGAGCAGCCAAAGAAAAUUAUUCUGGGGACUGAUGCACAUGAUUGUCUUCAAAUUUAUCCCAUACACUCAGGCACAAAGAGUUCAAACAAUUCUGAAAAAUCAGAAAUUAACUCAAUCGGCAGUUCUCGGAUCGAAGAAACAAAUCAAGAAAAUUUCACUCUCUAUGGAGCUGUUAGCAAUUGCUUCCCUGAGGUAACUGAAGUCUGUUCAGAGCAGAUCAAGUUGAGCACAAAUGAGGCGGCUCCAUUGACAUUCUUUCCAAAUGAUAACUCAGACUGCAGGGAAGAAAUGAAAGGCACUACUUCUAAGGAGGAAGGCAUUCAUCAUGCAGAGACAGGCACGUAUGGACAAAAGUCUCUUACAGGCCUACACAUUUUGUUGGCGGAAGACACACCAAUACUCCAGAGAGUGGCCACUAUAAUGCUUGAGCAGAUGGGUGCUAUGGUCAUGGUUGUGGGAGAUGGGGUGCAGGCAGUGGAAGCUCUCAAUAUUCUGCAUGAAGUAGAGAAGUGUAAAAAAGCUCUUGACUGUCCACCAUACGACUUGGUACUCAUGGACUGUCAGAUGCCAAAGAUGGAUGGUUAUGAAGCAACUAAAGCAAUUCGAAGAGCAGAAAUGGAAUCAGAAUCACACAUUCCCAUUGUUGCACUGACUGCACAUGCCAUGCCAUCAGAUGAAGCCAAAUGCUUGGAAGUGGGAAUGGAUGCAUAUCUAACAAAGCCAAUAGACUGCAAGCUUAUGGUUUCCACCAUUUUGUCAUUAACUAAGUGUAGGACAUAACCACAAGAAGCAGAAAACAACCGGUGCGUAUUUGACAGCCAACAAUAGCUCAGUUGGCCUAUAGAUUGUACAUGGCAUAAUACAAGGGGAUAACUUUCACAUAAACAUGACAAUGCAUGUUUAUUUCCGUUUUUGGUAACCAAGCAAUAGCCAUAGACUCCUAAUGCGUAAAAUCUUGCAGUAGCUGAUGACUGCAUGCUGAUACGAAAUGCAGAGCUGUUAUGUGUACUGUUACAUUUAUAUGGUUUAUA